UAAGUUUUCAUUUUUGCGUGAUAAAUACUACCCGUACUAACCUUUUUUGGACGGAAUCCACGAAUGGAAAUUUUUGAUUCGCUUUCAGGGUUGAAUUUGUGACAUUCAGAAAUUAUGUGGUAAAAUUUGCAAAACCAAGAACACCUAUAUAUUUGAAGCCCUAGAUAUAACUGAUCGAUCAGAAUUCUUCAGAACCACCCCAAAAUCUUAAACCUUAAAUCGAACAAACCUCGCUCCAGCUCCGGCGACGAUAACAACAGGUAUUAGCAAUUGGCAAAUAUGGAGUCAAAAAUAUUGUCUCCGUCCCCAGAUAAUGCCGAUGCAAAGGCACAAUUUCGUAAGCCUUCAAACGAUGCAGCAAACAGGAAGUACAGGCGCCGGUCUCCAGUUAGUGGAUCGUCGUCAUCUGAUGGGAGUCCAACACGUGAGCAUAGCUCUAGUCCAAUCUAUUCAAGGGAUAAUCCUACAAGAGAUUCUGAAUCAUGGCGAAGGAAUGGUAACAGGAGGGACCUAGAGAAGGAUUCUGGUAGAAGCUACCGUGGCCGAAGUGGUGAUUCAUAUAGGAAUUCAGAUCGGCAGUCCUCUAGGAGUUCUCAUAAUUACCAUAGGCGGGAUGACUAUAGCAGACAUGAAAAGCUUAGAGAUGACACAAGGAGAGAAAGUGAGCAUUACAGAUCUAGAGAUCCUUCACGUGGUGAUGAUAAGUACUCUAGAUAUAGAUCCGAUGGUUCAGGGAAUAGAAGCAGGGACAAAGACAAGGGGGAUGGAGGCGGUCGAGAUGAAAAGAGGGAACAUCGGAGGAGUUUGGGGGAUUACAAAGGUGAUCUUUCACCUGUUUGUGGAGAAUAUUUGGGGAAUCGGAAUGACUCAACUUCACGAAGGGAUGGGGCCAAACAUCGCUCAAAAGAAGCAUCUAAUAGUGACCCUAGAGAAUUUGAUGGUCAUAAAUAUACCAAAGAGGAAAAGAAGAAAUUUGAUGAUCAGGAAACUAGCAGACCCAAGGCCUGGUCUGAUAGAGCACCAGGGGAGCAGUUUGAAGAUAAAUCUGCUUUUACCAGUGAAAAUCACGAAUAUUCUGUCAAAAAGCCAAAGUUGGAGAGCUCGAGCACUGAUCAUGGGAAAGUGUCGAAGUUUUCCACUGUAGCUGAUGAAAAGCUGCCUUCAAGUUCAAAGCAAGUCCAGGAGCUUGUUGGUAAGGUGACUUCAGAGGAGGCUCCUGCCAAAGGCUCUGAGGCUGCUAAUGACUUUGAUGCUGCAAAAAUUGCUGCAAUGAAAGCUGCGGAAUUAGUCAAUAAGAACCUCAUUGGAACGGGUUACAUGUCCGCUGACCAAAAGAAGAAGCUGCUGUGGGGGAAUAAGAAGAACACUGCUGCUGAGGAGUCUGGACAUCGCUGGGAUGCAACUCUGUUUCCUGAUCGAGAACGACAAGAAAAAUUCAACAAACUCAUGGGUGUGAAGGGCGAAGUGAAAGCAGCGGAACACAAACCCGACAAUCAAGAAACCAGUGGCCUACAAGCGGAGAAGCAGAUGGAACAACUGCAGCUGGAACUGGAGAAGCAAUACACUGCUGGGCUCCGUCGCAGAGAUGGCCGCACUGUUGGACUUGGACUCUGAGUAUCUAUUUAGGAUGUUUUUGCACCUGUAUAAUCCCAUUUAGCUUCAUUUUGUCGUACUUCCUUGCGAGAAUCUCGUCUUUCGUGAUUAUUGACCUCUUGGUUUGCAAGGGGUACUGUUAUGUACUAUUUCUAUCUCAAAUUCCAGAUCAUGAGAGAUGGCAUUGCAUUAUUUACUUUUCAUUUGAACUUAGGGUUUGCAAAAAGAGUGCGUUUUUCUUAAACGGUUCAAAUGCAAAUGGAGCUUGUUUAUUUGUCA